AUGUCGGUCAAGAUCAGCACAAACGUUCCGACCAGCGAAGGCCACACGCCGUACAUCGUAGAAGUGUCUCUCGACAGCUCCGGUAGCCAAACUUCUGGACCCGUCAAAGUUGGGAAGAAAGCCGACGCAAGAACGAGCGCCGCAGCUGCGGCAGAGGCGAAGCUGAAGCGCAAGAUCCUCCACAUCGUUCCAGCGCUCGUCGCCAAAAUCCACAAGGCCAUCCAACCGGCAGAGAAGGCAGACGACCAGGUGUUCCUCAGAGUACAAUCCUGCAUCUUGAUCAAGGUCGACUACGAGCCGAGGGACGUGUAG